UUAAAAUGUAAGUCACAGGUCCAUGUGGUCAUGACUUAUCAGUGCAAAAUAUCAAUAAUGUCACAUUUUAUAAAUAAUGAGUAUUUUUUGUUGUAAAGAACUUAAGGGAUGGUGCAAGUCUUUCACAAGAACUGAAUUAUAUUUAUCUGUGUUAGAAGUUAUAUUUUUUGUGGUGCUUGUAGCGAGUCUAACCUUCAUAAUACUUCACUUUCUAGCUUGCAAUAAAAAUGAAAAUAUACAUAAAAUUGAACAAAAUAAAGAGAUAACCAAUCAAAGUUUUGAUAUAAAUGAAGAAGAUAAUGUUUUAGAUAAAUCUACAACUAAAAAAGAUAUUAAAACUUAUACUCCUUUGCCAAAAGAUAUAGAGUGCACCUGGAAACCAUCUGAAAAAACUACUGCAGUUACCCACUAUUAUGAUUCUGAUUUGUUAACAAUAACAUCUGCCCAUCAAACAUCACAAGUUGAUGAACUGAUAUCAUCAGUACCGCCGUGGACCAGUACAGAAAUUACUAGUGAAGAUGAAGAGUAUGAUGGGAAAGAAGCAGAUAAAGUAACAAAAGGUUACCUAUUGGCUCUCGUAAAGAUUAAACCUUCACAAGACAUUAUAUUUGGGUGCACACUGACUAUUGUGGCUAUAAGUUGGACAAUAACUGCGGCGAGUUGCAUUGAAGCAAUAGAAGAGGUGGACUCAUUAGACUCUUUUAUGAUGAUGAGAAAUUUUGGAGAGAAACUUGCGGGCAGCAUUCACGCAGUAUCUGACGUACUGAUACAUCCACAGUACCAGGGUGUCAACAGAUCUUAUGAUCUCGCCGCUUUGAAAUCGGAAGACAAUAUUGUGAAAGAGAAAAGUCAAAUCGUAACAUUGCCCACCAUGGUGGACUAUUUAUCCGUCACGAUUGGCGAGAAGCUAUCUAUUCUUGGAUACGGUAAAUAUAGGAAUUUAGAUAAGGACCCUCGCGCCCGAAGCGUGCGAGAGGUGUCGGUGUGGAGGCUGCCGGCGCAGCAGUGCGGCGCGGAGGCGGGCGGCGCGUGGGCGCCGCGCCACCUGGCGGGCGGGCGCGAACAGCGGCGCGGGCCGUGCGGCGAGGGCGCGCUGUGCGCGGGGGCGCGAGGGCGCCCGCCGUGCCGCUACUGCGCCGGCGCGCCGCUGCUGCUGCCGCGCCGGCGCGCGCUGCUGGGCCUCAUGGCCGACAACCCGCUCUGCGGCCUCGCCUGCGACCCCGCGCUCUACGUCAACCUGGCCCUGCUCAGGGACUGGCUGGACUCCGUUAUCGUUUCCGAUUAGUUUAUACGUUCGACUGUAUUUUAUACUCCUCCGAGAAUUGUCACCGUAGUAGUUCAGCAUUAAAAAGAAUAAAAUUGACAUCUGUCAUUAUCCUAAAA